AUGGCGGGCCGAGCCGAAUCCCCGGAAGCCUUCGCCACCCGAGACCAGAGAGAGGAAACGAAACAGGCGGGGAUCGGUGGGGGAGGGCGGGUGUUGGCGAAAGUGUCAUGGCGGCCGCAUUCGGUGGUCACGUGUCCCAGAGGCCCGCCCCGCCACUUCCGGUCACGUGCCCACAGAGCGCUCGCUGCCAGCGAUGGAGGCGAGAUCCCCCAGCCCCAGAGGCUGUGGCGACGGCUGCGGCCGCGGGGUUUCAGCCGCGUCCCUGCAGCGACUCUGAUUCCGACCGCGGCGAGGGCCGGCGGGCUGACAGGCCCGGGGGCCCGGGUGGCCGCGGGGUCGACCCCGCCGUCGAGCUCUCCACAGCUUCGAGCCGGCCGGUCAUUCGGCCGCCAGGCCCUCACCCGGAAACAGGAUAGCAGCCUUCCGCCGUGUGUCCCGCCCGAGGACCCGGGUCCUUCCGUCGAGACGGACGCGGGUUCCAGUCGGGCUCGGCUCGGGAUCGAGGAAGUGGAGGCCUCUCCUGCCGGGCCUCCCGCGACCUGUGCCCGACCUUCCGUCUUCUCCAAAGCCCUGGCCCAGCCGGCUUCCACCUGUCAGUCGGCGCCCGGAAUCCUUACUAACACUCUCCCCAGUGUAGUCCAUGCAGGCCUUGAAUUCAUGGCAGUCUUACCUUGGCCUCAAGUACAGGGAUUACAGGCAUCAGCCACUGUGUCCAGUUUAAAUCCUUCCUGCUUAGGUGGAGAGAUAGUCAGCUACCUUUACCUUCCCGUCGUUUAGCAGUGGGGCAGAUUGAUGGAUCUGAGACUUUCCUAGGUGAAACUUAAGUACUGCAGUACAGAUGUUUAAAAAAAAAAUUAAUCAAAAGCCAGGCUUGAUGGUGCUCGAAUUUAACCCCACAACUCAGGAGGCAGAUGCAGGCCCGUUCCUUGAGUUCCAGGCCAGCCACAACUACAUGGUGGGAUCCUGUCUGAAAAGAAAAAAUACUUCAGUUGAAUGCAGGAGUUGUUUAAAAAUAUUUGGAAGAUUGGUGCAGCAAAGAAGAAUCUGCUAAAAGAAGGAGACAGCCAGGCUUGGGGGCACGUAAUCUCAGCACUGAGGAGGCAGAGGCAAGUGGAUCUCUGAGAGUUCCAGGCCAGCUGAGGCUAAGGCGAAUCCUGUCUCAAAAACAAAGUAGAAAAGCAAAUGACUGGACUUGUGACUUGUGGCCUGUGCCCUCCAGGCCUCGACCUCCACCUGGUGCUUUGUCUUUCCGUCUGAGCUUGUUUGUCCUUCCUUUUCCCCACUGUGCCCUCGGAAUGUUGUCCAGUGAACCUGGAACUUUUCUAACAAUUUUGGCCACUUUUUUGUUAUGGA